UCACAUUGUGAAUGAUACUGUCCUUACACAGGUGCACCUGUGAAGAAUGCAUUACGAUGCCCACGGAGGAGCAGAAUGUUUGCUGCAAAGAAUUGAAUGCAGUUCAGAAUAGAUGUGGAGAGCUGCCCGAGGAGCCGAGGUGCAUGACCCUUCAUCCAGGCCUUGAACCUGUGUGCCUGAACCCCUACUCCCUUCAGAACGCACUGAAUGUGUACCAGGCAGACCAUGGGCCUCUGGACGUAAAGGAAAGAGCUGCGAAAAGCCGUGCUAGAUACCUGGCCUAUCGAAGUUUUGUGUCCUGGUGCUGGGGAUACCUGGGCAAAAAUAGCCGUGUGGUCAUACCCUCCUGUGUUGUGCGCCGCAGUCAUGAAGAGUACCCUGAUGAAGAUGGGGAAUACACAGGUUUCAAACCACCAAUAUAAAUAUAAAACAAUAAUAAA